GGCGUCCUGAAUAGAUCUGACGCUGCACCAAUAGCCAACGCCCCUGUUAUUCCCGCAAGUCAAAAAAAGUGAAAGUGCGCUACGACAAACGAAAAAAACUUCUUUUCUCGACUUCUUAGUUUUUGUUGCUCUCGAAAAAAAAACAAAAAAAAACCUCCCCUCAAGUUUGGUGAUAUGGUCACAGUUUCUAUUUUUUUUUUUUUGGUUUGUUUUCCUACAAUCGUCUAGAAGUGAUGGGAUUCUUCUCUUAAUCGCGUCGGACCCAGUUUAAAAAACGGAAACAGUUUGUUGGUGAUUUCUAGUGUUACCAGUGCGCCACGUUCAAAACUAGAGGCAACGUCAUACGCAUUGUGCCCUCCGGAUCGAAGGCAGAGGUGUGUUUUUUUUUUAGUUAAAAUUGUGUUUAUCUCGGCGGGAAUUCGAUUGAGUUGUUGUUGAAAAAAAAAAAAAAAAAAAUACGUUUCGAUUUCCCACUUGGCCAAGUUAUAGACGAACCAUGAGUGUUGGCUGUUAUUUUCAAAUGGUGCUACUGCCUACUCCAAGGCCAAUCACCGUCCAUAUAAAUCGUGCCGAAGGCCCUGGCGGCAGCUAAUUUCAAAAAAUGUUCUUCACCCAUCACCGACGGAAACGAGUGACAACGCCUACGUCUUGGCUGGCAAGAGGACGCCAUGGUGACGGCGAACAAUCAAAGGAAAUGAUAAAUUACGUUCGUUCCACGACGAGUAGAAUGUGCCGACCAAAGAAGAAGAAGCCCAGCCAUCGAAUAAAUAGCGCCUUCCUAGUGCAGCGGUGGUUGUUGUGGUCGUGCUGUGUUCAUACGCUGCUCAUCGCCGCGCCCGUGGCCAUGUCACCGGCACCGCAAUUCGAUUGGACCGCAAACGCAAGCGAUGAGACGACAGACGUUGUUUUGACUUUGCCGGCCGUGACGUCAGUCCCGACAACUGUUCAUCCACUUCAUCCGGCGGCUUACUCGUCUCUUUGUCCCGUCGAUUGCGUGUGCAAAAACAGCGAAACCGUAGACUGUCGAGGUGCCGGCAUCAGAAAUGUUUCCAAUUUUUUAGCCAAUCAUCGCGUCACUAAACUGGACCUCAGUCACACUGACGUUACCAAACUCGGACCCAUGACUUUCCAGCACAUGACCUUCCUAGAAGAUUUGAAUUUGGCUGGAAAUAGUUUGAGUGACAUAGAUAAAGAUGCCUUUCACCACCCGCGGCUAAAAGUCCUGUCACUACAGAAAACUAACAUCAAAUACGUCCCUACGAGCUUGUUUUCACAUCUUCCUAGUCUUCAGUCAAUACGGCUGGACAGCAAUGACAUCAGUCACUUGGAUCCACUGGUGUUUACGGGUUUGUCAUCCCUUCGUCAAUUGCGACUUGAUGUCAAUCGAUUGAAUUCUAUUCCACAGGAGGCCCUGUCUCGAGUUACUACCCUUGAAGUUCUAAAUUUGAGCUACAAUGAAAUCAAGGCUAUUCCGGCAGGUGCUUUCCGAAAUCUCAGCUUUUUAACAUUUCUAGUGCUCGAUCACAACGACAUCCAAUACAUCGACGACGACGCUUUUAUAGGAUUGUUCUCCUUGAAAGUUCUUGAACUGAGGCACAAUGCCAUCAACCAAAUUGAGCCACCCUAUUUCAGACAACUUCCUCUACUUGCCGAACUGUACAUGAACAACAACAACAUUACUCAUGUCAAGGCUGGCAUCUUCCAGCAAAUCUCUCGAGUGAUGGUUCUGGAACUGCGUGGAAAUCCACUCGUCAAUGUCGACGUCGAAGCUUUCGCUUUCCUACCUCGAUUGAAAAAAUUAAUCCUUUCCGAGGUUAGAGAACUUCGCAAUUUCCCGUUGUUGAACGGCACCGGUGCCCUGGAACUGAUCCGAAUCGAUCGAGCUAAACUAAAGCUCAUUCCGUCGUAUACUUGUCAACAUUCUCCACACUUGCGUAGCUUGGAUCUCAAAUCCAAUUGGAUCGAAGCCCUUCCCGAUUUCUCUCACUGCCGGAGUCUUCGCCUCGUAGAUCUCAGCCACAAUCGAAUCACCAAUUUACCCGACUACGCCUUCCAGCAUCAAGUGCAUUUACACGACUUGCUAUUGACAAAUAAUCGCAUCAAACUGAUACCAGAACACGCGUUCGAGGGACUUCGUAAACUCAAAACUCUAGAUUUAUCGGAGAACAACAUCGAAUCCAUCCAUCCGGAUACGUUUUUGCCACUGAUCGAAAUUCAAGACGUAAAUCUUGGACACAAUGGCUUCCCAGUUUUCCCGUCUACUGGCCUGGAAAAUGCUCUACACAUUAAAGUGCACAACAAUCCGAACCUGCGGGAAUUUCCGUCUCCGUCUUCGUUUCCUCGCGUCAAGACCCUGGCUCUUUCUUACGCUUACCAUUGCUGUCCUUUCCAACACAGCGCAUCCUAUUCAAUCAUUAAUGGCAUAACGGAAGACAGUUCUUUGAGGGACUCCAUUAUAUUCCCGUCCAGCGAACAUGGUAUCGACCUCACGGCGUGGGCCAGAGGAGAAACAGCCUGGACAGAUUCUAAUCCUCUGUGGACAAACAUGAGCCAGCAAUUAGCAUCACCGGCUAAUCACCUCAACCUCAGUGAAGCCGACAUUGAGAAGCUUCUAAAUUCAGCCUCUAGGUCAUCGGGGCUGCUCUUCAUGACGCCUAAAAGGAAUUACGAUAAAAAGAAUCCAGUGACGUGCAUACCAGAGCCCAGUCCAUUUAUGCCCUGUCAAGACUUGUUUGACUGGUGGUCUCUGCGAUGCGGCGUCUGGAUCGUUUUUCUGAUGGCGCUAUUAGGAAAUGGGGCCGUCGUUUUCGUCUUGAUAUUUGCUCGCUCGAAGAUCGACGUCCCGCGCUUCCUGGUCUGUAACCUGGGAAUGGCUGAUUUCUUUAUGGGCAUCUAUCUCGGAUUUUUGGCCGUCGUUGAUGCAUCGACGCUCGGCGAAUUCCGCAUGUACGCAAUCCCGUGGCAACUAUCGGCUGGCUGCCAGGUUGCCGGUUUUUUCGGAGUUCUGAGCUCGGAGCUCUCCGUCUUCACACUGGCCGUUAUCACAAUGGAGAGAAACUACGCCAUCACGCAUGCCAUGCAUCUCAACAAACGGCUGUCUUUGCGUCACGCAAGCUACAUCAUGGCUGCCGGGUGGCUGUUUGCUCUCAUCAUGGCUUUCCUGCCGCUUGUCGGUGUUUCCGACUAUCGAAAAUUUGCCGUCUGUUUGCCUUUCGAAGUUGGCAAUUCCGUCAGCAAAGGCUACGUUGUUUUCUUGAUGGUCAUAAAUGGUGUGGCCUUUCUCAUACUAAUGGGCUGCUAUUUAAAAAUGUACUGUGCUAUUCGAGGAUCCCAGGCAUGGAAUUCGAAUGACUCAAGAAUUGCCAAACGGAUGGCUCUGCUUGUUUUUACAGACUUUCUGUGUUGGGCGCCAAUUGCGUUUUUUUCAUUGACUGCCGCGUCGGGUCUUCAGUUUGUGUCCCUGGAGGAAGCGAAAAUAUUUACCGUUUUCAUCCUGCCACUCAAUUCAUGCUGCAAUCCUUUCCUUUACGCCAUUUUGACUAAACAAUUCAAAAAAGAUUGUGUCUUAAUUUGCAAAGCUAUUGAAGAAUCGAGAGUGACGCGCGGCAUCGGCCGCUGUCGUCACAGCUCCAACUUCAGCAACCGGCAAACGCCCGGCAACACGAACAGCCUCGGCGAUCGUAACUCUGGAUCAAAAGAUGGCAGCUCUUGCCAAUGUCAGGGCCGGGGCCUUUUGAAGGAAGACAAAAUGUCCAAUUCGUCCAUGUCGCACCGCCAUCACCGACGCAAUCGCUCCAGCGGAUUAGGCUGGUUCCGCUCGCCGUUGCGCGCCUUCCUGCGACGCAUCCGGGCGGCCGAACGCGAAAUGGGCGAGUCGUCCUCUUCGGCUAACGAAUACGCCUAUCAGAUAGCGGAAAUCCAGCAGAAACAAUUGCAUCGCAACAAGCACCGGCGGGCAGAGUCCGUCUCCAGCGACACUUACAGCACUUCGCGAUCCGAUUCGGUUAAAGCGGUCGGAUGCGGAUUGCCCUUGCGCAUGGUCGGACGUCGGAGGAAUUCUUGGACGGUUACGCGGAAACCGUCUUCCGAUUCUAAUCUUUCUUCGUCUAGGAACGAUUCAUCAACGUCGGCCAUGACCGCUUCGACAAGCGCUGGAACAACGACGUGGAGGAACUCCAGGUCCUCCGUUUCCAGCGACGGAGGCUCUUCCAAUAAAGGCACCAUUCGAGACCGUGACAAACUACCUACUGGAACAGCGAAGAGCGUCAAGGUGAUCCCGCCCAACAUGCCAUUGAUUUACGUGCCACCGAUCGAGGGUCAACGGAGAUCGUCUAGCAUUCGUGAUAAGAGCGGUCGCAAUUUACCUACCUCUCCGUUGGCGGCCGGAAUUCUACGUCAGCAGUCGGUAGCGACGCCAACUGGCAACUUUGUCCACCGCACUGUCAUACCUCAUGUGACGUCAUCCGUUGCCGCUGGCGCCUGCAUGAUGGAUCCGACGUACCACCCGGACGGGUCAUCGAGUGAUGCGGAAAGACAUUCGAAUUCUUUGGCUGUCGGCGCGAAAUGUAAGCCGCGCUUGACCCGUCAAAUAGCCGUGCAAGACGACGCGGCCACCAACGCGCAAUGUCCGCCUUCUGCCUACAAUAAGUGCGUCUCUUUCAACACGGCCAACGUGGUGGUCUUGCCAAGUAAGGACGAGCGCAAUUACUGUCCGCUGCAUUCGCCACGGUCCCUGCAGGGCGUGUGGGAAAGCUCCAUCGAAGAGGAUUACGAAGAGAUGUACGAACUACCGGACGAAUCGAAGAAGAAAUCGAUAGACAAGGACAGGAUAUUUUCAGUCGUGGCUUCGAUUUACACGAACCGCGAUAAAAAUCGCUUGGGGCUUUCGGGGUUCAUUCCGAGGAAGUUGAGCACCAUUUCAUCGCGCAGCUGCAGCAUCAAUCCGGACAACGAAGCCGGACUUGAUGAAUGUGAAAUGGCCGACGAAUCGUCCGACCAUUGUCCGACGGCCAUAAAUCAAGCGCAGCCAGCCUGUGCAGUCAAUGCCAGUCACGAUGUAAAGUCGAGCAAAGAACUUUUGAACGCGUUCGGAGCGCGAGCGAACGUCAGGAAAGAAACGGAGCGCCAGCUGUCCAAGAGCGAUAACGACUUGUAUCACAAAAGCCAAGAGAAAGGCGCUCGCAAAUCGAUCGGUUCAAUUGUGCGUUUAAUUGUGACGCCCGAGGCUGGCAGUCAUUGCGUGAAUACAACUCUGCCGAGAGCUGCAACCAGCAGCCGGGACGAUCCUUGGUCUUCCACACGCAUCGUAGAAACCCGUUUCGGAGCCGAGUCGGUACUUGAACAGCCCAACCAGUCACCUGACAGACGAGAGCUUGAACGAUCCAUGAAAAAGGGUAAUCAAAAGGAGUUUGACAGCAGCUCCUCUCACGAAGAGUUGGAUCCUUUAAUGCAAUAACAUUUCAACCAUUGCAUCCUCAGUUAAUUUUUCUAUUAUUGCAAACAAAUUUUAAAGUCGCCUUCUUCGUUUGUGUUUUUUUUUUUUUUUUUUUUUUGAAAUCUUAUACAACAUACUUAAGCUUGCUACGGUGCCAAAUGUGUUUGAGACAUUUAUUAUAUGACACAAUGCCGCUUUUAUAAGCUUCCUUUUUUUUUUUUUGAAUUCUGCAGCUCCUUGAUAUGCCAAUAACAUCGAUGUUUGUAUCUUGUUUUCCCGUGUGUUGCCACAAAUCUUGCAUUCCUCUGUAUUAUAGCAACAAGAAAAGAAGAAACAGAGCUGUAAAUCGUGUAUUUAUCAACAUUAAAAGAGACACAAACUUGUAA